UGUUCUUUAAUCCAUGAAUAUGUUUUCCUACAUUGAUUGAUUUUCUUAUGUUGAAUCAUCCUUGAUUUCUGGGAAUAAAUCAAUUGGAUAAUCCCUUUUAGUCUGUUUAGGGGGUUAGCAUAUAUGAUCAUAAGUGGAAUUGAAAUAUGAUUUCAUUUUUGGUUCUGGAAAUUUACCUGGCUUUGCAAUUAAGUUCAUUCUAUCUUCGUAAAAGGAGUCUUGCCCUCUUUUUCUGUCUUUUUUUGUUUGUUUGUUUUUGGAACAACUUGUACAAGAUUGUCUAUGCAUGAAAUGAAAUGAUUACCAUUGUAAUGAUUAUCUAUAUCAUGCAGUGAUUUGUGUUUUAAGAACACCCUUCUGCAGGGCAAGACAAAUGCAGAAAACCAGUGAGGAUGCCAUUGCAAAAGACAGUGGGCUACUGGGUAAAAUAGAAUGCAGUAAAUAUGAUAUUCAGAUAUUCCUAAAGGACCACGUUUGGAGGGAUUUUGUAACAGAGACCAAGCUGGGUUGGGCCAAGUGCAUGAUUGAUUUUAGCCGCAUCUGCCUAGGACAUAGGACUGCAAGGACAAAGACAGCAUGCAUUUGCCCUCAGUAGGGAGAUAGGUGAGGGCCUAGGGGAAGAAGAAUUCGGGAUAGUGGGUAUGAAGAGGAGGGGUUGGCAGAGGAUCUGGUCAGGAUGGUGGGGGGAAGGGAUUGGCAUAAGUGGAGUGCAGAGGAGGUUGCUACUUGGAUUCGGCUCUUAGAAGCAGUAUUCAAAAAUAAACUUGAGAUUUUGCCUGAUAAAAUCCAAGGAGUUUGCUUUUCUUGAAGAAUUGGCUGCUGGCCACAUGGGACCUGUAUAUAUACACUGAAUUAGAGCUGGGUGGAGGCUGCCUGCCCUGGACAGUGCACGAGGCUCCUGUCAGCCAAGGUCCCUGAGACAUCCACUUCCCCCUGGCCCCCCGGGCACCUUUGUGUGAUUUUGACACUUCUGGGAUGGCAGAUGGGUGUCAGCAUAGCAGGUGGAUUUCGCCCCUUGUUGCGACUCUGGGGACUUACUAAUGUUGUCCAGGUGGAUGGCGAGAACUCUGCUGGGCAGACGGGGCUCUUCCUCUCGGCGCUGCUGGGCCACAGCUCUGCCGUGCAGCUCUUGCUGACCUUUGGCGCCAACCCCAACCACCGCUGCCUUGAUGGCAGCACACCUGUGCACGCAGGCGCCUUCUCGGGCAGCAGCCUGGUGAUGCUGCACCUGCUACAGGCGGGGGGUGACCUGCGUCUGCAUGACCAGAAGGGUCGCACGCCUCGGGACUGGGCAGAGCAGGGUGGUGCUAAGCAGAGCUGGGAGGUGCUGGAGCUGUUAGAGCUGUGCCGAGCCCGCAUAUCAGCACUGGUGCAUGACGGUGAGUUGGCAGCCAGUGCAUCCCUGGGCCAGUUGCAGGUCGGCUCUAGACACAGCCUGUGUGGCUCCCUGUCCUUGCCGCGGCUGGUGCGUAUGGACAGGGUGCCGAGGCCGGAGCACAUCAGAAGACCCCCCCAAAUUCCAGCCUUGGGGUUUGGCCAGCUGAGCAGCCUGUGGCCACUGGGGCUGGUAACAGGCAUACCCCUCGCAGACCCCAAGGAGAUGCUGCCAGCCCAGGGCGAGCCUGACCGCACCUACGAGAGCAGCUCCCACACCUUCAUGGCCAACCUCCUGUGGAGGGGCCACCCUGUGACAGCUCGGCAGCUGAAGGCACCUGGAGCUCAGCCAGAUGUGCUGUUGGCUGACCUUCAGCACUGCAGCACCCUGCACCACCCCAACCUGCUGCUGCUGAUGGCACUGAGCCCGUCAGCGGACCUGUCAGGGCUGUGCCUUCUCUUCGAACCCGUGUGGCUGGGCUCCCUGCAUGUGGUGCUUCACCCACGCGGGCCGAGUCCGGGAGGGCCCUGCACUGUGCCGGGCCUGCUGCCCGGCCACCUGCUGCUGCAGGUGCUGGAGGCCCUGCUGUUCCUGCAGGCCCGCUGGCGCGCUCACGGCGGCCUCAGCUCUCACGCCGUGCAGCUGGUACGGCCAGGCCUGGCCAAAGUGGGCAGCCUGGAGCACGGGCGCCCACUGCACCAGAGCUGGCUGCAGCCCAGGCCACAGAAGGACUACUCCCGGGGAGGCCCAGGCCCAGGGCUGCCCCCGCCUCCUGAACUGUACCCCUGGCUGCCACUUGAGCUCAUCUGCGGUGACAUGCCUGCUGCCACCUCAGAUCUCUACAGCUUUUGCAUCUUGGCCCAGGAGGUGUUCACUGGAGAGCUGCCCUGGGCCGGGAGAAAGGGGCCAGAGGUGAAGGCUAAAUUGGAGGCAGGUGAGAGCCCGGCCCUGGAUCCCCUGGUGCCGGCCCCCUACCAGGCCCUGGUUCAGGCUGGGCUGGGCCUAGGACCUGCUGACCGCUGGGGCAGCCUGCAGAACACUCGAUACCUGCUGUGGGAGGCCAUGGCCCAGGUACAGGACAGGUUGGCCAAGGUGGGUGGUAGCCACGGAACCUUAGGCAGGACCCAUGUCGCACACCCAGCCUCCUUUCCACAGGACUCAGCUCCUGAGGUGAGUUCCCCAAGGCACUGGACCACACGAAGCCCUGUGUCUCAGGGUUUCCUACCAGAGACACUGUACUGUGAGGUGGUCCCUAGAGCCAAGACUACACCCAGGCCUGUGCCCCCGUUGAUGUCCCUAGGCCCUUCCCCAUGCCAGGCCCUGAAGACGCCCGAGGUCACAGGCCACAGCAGAGUCCAGAGGGCCACAGCCUGGGACUCAGGCAGCAGCUUGACUCUCGGCAGCAGCCCGAGUCCCGGCCCCAGCGUCUACCCAGACUCCAGCCCUGCAGCCAGGAUCAGCCCGCACUGCUGCCUGGAGCCCAGCUCAACAGGCCCUGUGCUGCACUCCAGCCUUCAGGACUCAGCCUCCCUUCUGGGGACCCAGGGUUCUGUGGAGCAGCUGGAGAGGAACUCAGCUAAGAUGCCAGUCCUGCAGGGGCUGCAGUGGCACACACACAGGGCUGCCCUGCUGGACCCCCACCCCCGCCCUGAGCCCAGUCCUGAGCUGAUCAGAGGAGGUUGCUUCUCCAGCCUGCAGAAGAUGGACCUGCUGGAGGAGAUCCUAGCAGAGCUGCGAGGUGGACGCCGACUUGGAGACAAGCCCAGCCUCUACCCCGCUCCUGACAUGGAUUCUUAGAGGGCCCAUGACUGCCUGUCUGCAGACACCACCCCUCAGAGCCUCCCAGGAAUGACUUCCCAUGCAGCACUUGCUGAAAUGAUGAAGUGAUAAAGUAA